AUGAACGCGGCCGCAGUGCACGACCUGCGACUGUGCAUCCAGCACAUCCUCGACACCGUGCCCUUUGCCGCCGGAACCACGCCAAAAGGCUAUUUUUUGGGCGUGUACAAACUCACACACGCCGACUUGCUGCUGCUCCGCCUCUCCGAACACGCCUGGCAGGCGCACGGCCAGGUGCCCGUGAACAGGCUCCUCAAACUCUCGAUUUCCUUCGGCAAUCUCCUCAACACGUUUCUGCUGGACCGGGCGCAGCACGAGGCCAGGGCGGCGGCGCAGCAGAGACAGCUUGCCGCGCAGGCGCCGGCCAAAAACGGCGGUCUGGGCGACCCGUUCCACGCCGGCUACACGGGCGAGCCGGCGCCGGCCGUGGCGCCCCACCACACCAGCUUUGCCCGGGGCUUUUUGGGCAUUUUGAAGAACUUCGACAUCGCGCCGGCCCGCGCCGCGUUCGCCGAGGACGGCGUGGCCGUGCCGGGCGCCAAAACGGGCUCGCCCAUCCGCCUCAACUCGCGGCAGCUUCUUGUAGAAAAACUCGAGAUCAACGUGGAGCUCGACGCGCUCUUCACGUUGAAAAUCACCUUGCAGCUUCUCCAGCGGCUCUUGCUGUUGUUGGAGCAGCUGGCGGCCGACAUGCCGCCGCAAGGCGCCGUGGCCCAGGCGCCGCCGGGGCCGCCUUCCGACACCUCGUCGAUAUUCUCGUCCGUUUCGGGCUCGUCGUCGGCCGGGGACUCCGCGUUGGGUAUGGAGGAGUACGCGAGGGUGGUGGCGGAGGUGGUGCGGCGCGUGGCGGCGGGGAUCGUGGAUCCGUUCGUGGCGCUCUUGCGCGACUCGGUCGUGAAGCCUCGCGUGUUUGGCGGCUUCCAGGACCUAGUGGACACCAUCUGA